UGACAUAGAGUAUAUAAGUGAAGCGAAAGAAUUAUAUUAAGUACUGAGAUCUCGUUACUGAGGCGCCACCGUCAUGAAGGCGUUAGUGGUACUAAUAUUGUGCGUGGCGGCGAGGCGUGCUGCGGGAGGCGCGGUGUCGUGGCCGGGCGCGGCGGUGGCGCUAACCGCUCCGCUGUUGAACACCGUCGUGCAGCCACAGACUAAAGGCUUCGCUUACUCUACUACACAGUAUAUUAAUGCAUUGCCAGCAUCAUAUACCUACGGAGUACGACCACAAUUCCCGUAUCAAGUUCCGGUAACGGCGUACGCACCUUUGCCAGGAUUCCCUGCGUACUAUCCGGUAGGGACUGCUUCGUACAUACCACAGAGUAGUCUGAUUUAUCCCCAGAUACCACCUAUCGCAGCAGGACAACCACAAAGACCAGUUUCUGGCGCCCCAACAGCUCCUAUAGCACCAAUUGCACCUCCUGCGCCUAUUGCUCCGAUUAUACCACAACAGCCAAGUAUACCACAACAGCCAAGUGCACCACAACAGCCAAGUCUUCCACAACAGCCAAGUGUUCCACAACAGCCGAUCAACCCCCCAUCUCCUCCAGAACAAGCGGCCGGUGAUGCGGAUACGACAGUUGUAGAGUCAGCGGAAUUCAUCAAUCAGCAACAGGACCAAAGAACAUCUAGCCUCGAUGGUCAACCACAGUCAACGCCUGCAAACAAUAUUCCUGAUCAACAACCCCAAUACCAAGUUCCGUCGUACGUGCAAAAUCCACAAAUUUCUCAGUUCGCAUCCUUCCCUCAGAUUCCCCAGUUGCCCCAAAGUUUCCCGCAAUUCCCACAAUUACCGCAGUUCCCGCAACUUCCCUCAUCACCCCAGUUCCCGGGCGCGCAAGAAGGUAUAUCAUUUCCACCGCUUUCACAACAACCAGGUUCCACCCAAGAUGACUCAUCCUCACAACAACCUCCACAGCAAUCUGCUCAACCGCAACCCCCUUCCUCAUUAGGGGAUUCAUCAUCUCCACAGUCCCCACAACUGCCUUCUUUUCCACAGUUCCCCUCUCAGGGUAACUUACCACAAUUACCGCAGCUUCCGUCUCUUCCCCAAUUUCCUCCUUCACAAGGUUGGACACCACAAUUUCCACAAUUGCCAACACUUCCACAGUUCCCUCCUUCCCAAGGCGGAUCGCCACAAUUUCCGCAAUUACCCAAUCUUCCUCAAUUCCCCCCAAGCCAAGGAGGUUCAUUCCUUCCCGGUAUUCCGUCAGCUGAUAACUCCAACAAAGGUUUAAAUGACGAAGACACUAUUUCUGUUGAAUCCGCCAAAUAAAUUUGAACAUCCAACAUUAUACGUUUUUGGUAGUGUUCAUAAAUAAUAUUAUUUAAUGAAUUGCAAAAAUUUCGUUGAAAAAAAAAA